AUGGCAUCGCCCGGGCUGCGUUAUUCUCCCAAGGUCUGCCAGACCCGUCUGCGAGAAGUGUGCCUGAGUUCAGCCCAGGAUUGCUGUUCCUGCUGCAUGAUCCCCGAAGAUGACAACGUCCUCUCCCCAGCUCAGGGAGAUGUAUGUUCCCGGAGCGGCGGAGAGCCGCGCCCGCCCCGCCCGGUAGAGGCGGCGGCCCGGAGCGCUCCCGCCGGCACAGCCCCGGCCCCGGCGCGGCCCCGGCCAUGGGCAGCGGCAGCAGCCGCCGGCGGGGCGCGGCGGGGCCCAAGGGCAGAGCGGUGGAAAACCAGGAGCCGCCGGAGACGGCGCCGGCAGAGAGCGAGGGGGUGGCGGCGCCCGCCCUCGCCCGCCCAGCCUCUGCCGCCGGCGGCAUUCCCGAGCCCCGGGCCGCCGGGAGCUGCGGGGCGAUGUGGGCAGGCGGCGGCGGGGCUCCGCUCCAGCAGGCGGCUUUGUCAACCAGAAGCUCGCCAGGCCCAGAGAACAACAAUGCUGACCAUCAGAGCCCAGAAGGCAACAGCAAGAAGCCAUCAGGACAGUCCACAAUAUCAUACGAUUACUCGGAGGAGGAGCUCAUGGCAAGCAUCGAGCGGGAGUACUGCCGCUGAGUCCAGUCCCAUGCCACAAGAACUUCAGGCAUAAUCCUGGAAGCCCAGCUGGAGCAAAACUGCUACUGACAAAAUAACCCUUCACACAGAGAAAUGGCAUGGGAGAGGUGGGUGGUGAAGGGUGAUGGAGUGUAAGAGGCACCAUAGCUGCUUAGGAAGCACAGAGAGCACAGACCAACUCUGAGUGCGACCGUGAAGAUCCUCAUCAACUGCUGAUUCCUGAUCAGUGCCACUGGAAGAAGGACCAAUUCAUCUUGAGUACCAAUAUUUAGAAGCUCAUUUCUAAAUGCUAUUUACAAAUGGACAUGUACUAGAAUUGAAGUGUCAUACUAGAAGUUUUGAAACAUGAUACUUUGAAGGAAGACCUUGCUUUGACUUAGUAGAAGAAAAAUGCAGCCAUAUCAUUUGAUCCAAAAGUUACUUAAGGGGAUGUUGCAAGAAAUUCGUGUUCCUGCCACUUAAUAUGUGCCAAAUGUACUCCCUUGUGCUGUGCAAGCCUCAGGUCCAGAUCUGAAUUUGGCACUGUCUCUUUCAAUGUGGUCCCUAGUAUGGGGGAUAAGAGGAAAAGGGGACUGAGCCCACCAUCCAGUACAUAGGCAGUGUAAUCCCAGAGUUCAAAUCCCACCACAGAGGCAAAUAAGGCUCCUGGGAGCUAUCAGAGAACAUAGGAUUUGUAUGACCCCUUUGGGGCAGAGUCCCAGCAUAGGUGUCCUAUUUGGGGCUCCUUGAUGUGGAUCCUCCAGUGAAAGCAGGAUGCGUAUCCCCAUUCCAGUCAUUCAUCUCAAGAGGGACUUGCAUGCUCUUGUAGAAAGCAGCUGUCAGUGAUCUGACCUUCCCAUGUAUUUUGUGUCCUUGGUAGGUAACCUAGAAGAAAAACCAUUACAUUUUACUGUUAGCUGACUGCAAAGUAAAACAGAAAGUCGUCUCUCCAAAGAAAACAGUACAUUUUCACUGCUCUCAGACAGGGAAGCCUGGUGUUUUGGGGCUUCUGCUUUUAUUUUACCUGCAUCUUAACAACUGCUUAUUAUCAGAAGUAGAAAAAUACCUUAUUUCUACCUUCAGCUGAAGCAUAAAAGGCAUCAGAUAGAAUCUUCACCAUGUGUAAAUGCAAGAGGAAACAGUGGGACACCUUUUAGAAUGCUAAGAUGCUGUAUUUUAAGUAUUUUGUGAUUCCUGGUACCUGUGAAUCAGAAAUAAAUGCAGCUGUACUCUA